CGAAAACAUGAUCAAAAAGUAACGCCUAUUUCUUUCAAGUUGAGGAUUCAGAAUUGACUAAGUUUAUAAUUUUUUGUGUUGUGCCAUCAAAAUCAUCUAUGAUCGUGCUAAGUACGUAGAGGCUGACUUUCCAUGGUUCAUUUUCAAUUUCAUCUGAUAAGGAAAAUAAAAUUUCCACGAUCACAUCUCCAUGUUACAACAAUGACGACUUUCACAAUGACGACUCUGCAUCAGACACUUCUGACUCACUGCCUACUUGGUGGUGAGCAGAAGUCAUCCUCAUCCUCGUCUCCUUCCGCGGCUUCUUGGCGUCUUAAGCGUUGGCUGUGCCACGAUCCAACCGAAGGAGAUGGGUACUUUUCGACAACUCUACUAAGCACACCGAGAACUACAGGUUUUGAUCAAAUGCGACCCGAAUGUCGUGGUGCGGUAUACCGAUGUGACGGCGCGGCUUCGUGGAUGGAGGGGAGGAAGGAGGAAGAGACUGCUGACGCAAGUACGAGUUCACGGACGACAUUUUUGUUUGAGCAGCAAAGGAGUGACGUCCCCGAUUCGACCGGGCCUUCGUCUCGUUGCACCAGAGUGGAAAAUUUGCCUUUCUUCAAAAGUGCAACACCAAGCACCAGCUCAACCACAUAUCUCCUGUAUCGCGAAGCAGGAACGCUGACGGAAGGACGUGGCACUGGUGAUGAGAACGGUCAAGGCUGCUCAGGCGCGGCAAACGGAGGAUCACCGAUGAGCCUUCCAUUCCAGCAGAGCUACGUGUGGAUAAUUAGCGGAGAGUCGUCAGCCGCUGGCGCAACCAGUGAUGAAGCGAAAAGACGUACGCCUUUUGGUCUUGACAUAUUCGAGCUUCAACGAGGCACCAGUAGUACAACAGCAUCGUCAGAUAAAGACGAUGAAGCUUGGAUCGCGAAGCAUGAGCCACUUUCCACGUUUAGAUACGGUGGGGAGGAUCGAACAGAUGAACAACGUGAGCAAACAACCAGUGAUACUGAUGUUGUCACACUAACCGCUGAGCAGAACAGUUGUGGUGGUUACAUCUGCGGUCCUGAUCGUUAUCAUUCGUGGUUGCAGCUUGACUUGGCCAAAAGGAAAAUGCUCCUGUCUUUCAGAAUUCGAGGUCCGCAUAAGAACUACACCACUGUAACGGAACUCCGCUUGGAGGAAGGAGACGAGAGGAAAGGAGCUGUAUAAGAAC